AACACAUUCACUGUCAUCCGAUCAUCGUUCCACGAGGGACACAAACGGUACAGCGUGUGCCUUCAUCUUCAUUUCAUCUUGUUCGACGAAUAAAAAUAUCAAAACAUCAGACUAUAAGCGGACUACGGUUUUCUAUAGUGCGUUUUUAUAGUUACAUUUUCUCUUGUUUAUAUUUAGUCGCGUGUGAUUGUGUGUGUUUUUUUUGUGACCAACACCAUACAAAUUUGAUCCGAGCGAUCGCUGCAAUAUAAAAGGCAGCGAAGACGGGCAUCAUGAAGACAUCUUAUUUGCAUUUAUUAUGUGCAGUUUUUGCAUUUUGUCAUUGCUCCAUUGCACAAAGUGGUUAUAGUUAUGAUAAACCUGCUAAUCCUUUAAAUAGUCCAAGUUCAUCACGGCCUUAUGGUUCUACGCCAUCAUCAAAACCAACUAGCGCAAGUUAUCCAUCUUCUUUUCCUAGUACUGUUGGGUCAUUUCCUACUCAGUCAGAUCAGUUUGGUAUUACAGGACCUACCGGAUCACCGAGUUACACAAGUGGUUAUGGACAAAAUUCAUAUCCAUCUACAAUAUCACAACAAGAUUUUACCACAGCGAAUUUCCCAAGUUCGACUGGGCAGCGACCAUCUGGCUCAGGUUCAUCUGGUUAUGGAAAUAAUGGUGGCAGUAUAUUGAAACCAAACUAUGGUCUAUCUGGUCAAGGCAGUUUAGGAGUUCCUCAAAAUGGUAACGGAUAUGGAGACUCUGGUUCACCUACUUUUGGUAAUGCACCAUCUAGUUCAGACGUUGGAAUCAAACCUAGUAGUUUUGGUGGACAAGGACAAAAUUUAUUUGGCACUGGAAAUGUACCAAGUAGUUAUGGAAAUAAUGGUGGUCAUGGAACAACUGGCAGUGGAAAUGGAAACGCACCUAAUUAUGGAAGUAACAGUUUGUAUGGACAAGGAAAUUCUAUAGGAGGUACUACUGGGUCAAAUGGAUUGGGUAUUGGUAAUGCUCCAGGAAACUACGGUGGUAAUCAAAAUCAAGGCAGUAAUCCAGGUUUUAAUGGCGCUGGUAAUGGAAACGCUGGUACGCAAGGAUUAAAUAAUUAUUAUGGUGGAAACUCUAUAGGACAAGGACCUUUUAGCGUUGGUGGAACAAAUACUGGUAGUCAAGGACCUAGUAGUGUUGAUGGUGGAAUUGGUGAUGGACACAGCCCGAAUAAUUUUUAUGGUGGCAGUUCUGAAGGACAAGGGCCAAGCAGUUCUUAUAGUGGAAGUUCAGGAGGACAAGGGCCUAGUAGCGUCGGAAGUGGAAAUGCUGGUGGACAAGGACCAAGCAGUUUCUUUGGAGGAAGUUCUGGCAGUUUAGGGCCCAGCAGUGUCGGUGGAGGAAAUGCUGGUGGACAAGGACCAAGUAGUUUCUUCGGAGGUAGUUCUGGUGGUCUAGGACCAAGUAGUGUUGGAAGUGGUAGUACUGGUGGACAAGGCCCAAGUAGUUUCUUUGGAGGAAGUUCUGGCAGUUUAGGGCCCAGCAGUGUCGGUGGAGGAAAUGCUGGUGGACAAGGACCAAGUAGUUUUUAUGGUGGUAGUUCCGGAGGACAAGGGCCAAGCAGUGUUGGUAGUGGAAAUGCUGGUGGACAAGGACCAAGCAGUUUCUUUGGAGGAAGUUCUGGCAGUUUAGGGCCCAGCAGUGUCGGUGGAGGAAAUGCUGGUGGACAAGGCUUAAGUAGUUUCUUUGGAGGUAAUUCUGGAGGUCAAGGACCAAGUUUUGGAUCAGGAAUUGCACAAUCCGGUGAUGGUGAUGAUGGAUCAUUCGAAGGUGGUGAUUUUUCUGCAAUUCCUGGGGAGCCUGAUAUAGAUUAUCCAAUCUUAUCUCAAAUACCAAAAACAUCAUUUACUUGUAAUCAAAAAUUACCUGGUUACUAUGCAGAUACAGAAACAAGAUGCCAAGUAUUUCAUAUUUGUUCAAAUAAUAUCAAAUACGACUUUUUAUGUCCAAAUGGAACAAUAUUUCACCAACAACAUUUUGUGUGUGUUUGGUGGAAUCAAUUUGAUUGCUCAACGGCUGAAAGUUUAUAUGGUUUAAAUGCUAAUAUUUAUGAUUAUUCUAAAGUUGGUUCUCCUGGACAAACUGGUACUUCAGGACAGACUAAUUUCCCUGGACAAGCAGGUGCUCAAGGUCCACAAACAAAUUUCCCUGUAAUUGUUGGACCAACUGGUCCUGCCGUAAACUAUGGUGGUCAAAAUGGUCCAGUUGGACCUGUUGCUAAUUUUCCAAGUCAAUUUGGUCCAGUUGGUCCUUUUGCCGGUUUCCCUGGUCAAAUUGGUUCAGUGGGACCAACUGCCAACUAUCCUGGACAAUCCGGUCCAAUAGGACCAACUGCAAAUUACCCUGGACAAUCCGGUCCAAUAGGACCAACUGCAAAUUAUCCUGGACAAUCCGGUCCAAUAGGACCAACUGCAAAUUACCCUGGACAAUCCGGUCCAAUAGGACCAACUGCAAAUUAUCCUGGACAAUCCGGUCCUAUAGGACCAACUGCAAAUUACCCUGGACAAUCCGGUCCUAUAGGACCAACUGCAAAUUACCCUGGACAAUCCGGACCAAUAGGACCAACUGCAAAUUAUCCUGGACAAUCCGGUCCUAUAGGACCAACUGCUAAUUAUCCUGGACAAUCCGGGACAAUAGGAUCAACUGCUAACAGUCCAGUUGCACCUGGAUCUUAUGGCCCAACUGGACUAUCCGGACCAUCUGUUAGCUAUCCAGGUCAAUCUGGUUCUGUGAGUCCUACUGCUAACUAUCCAGGACAAUCGGGUUCAUUCGGACCAUCAGCUAACUAUCCAGGACAAUCUGGAAUAUCAGCUAAUUAUCCAGGACAAUCCGGUUCGUAUGGAUCCUCUGGUUCAUCUUCUAACUAUCCAGGACAAUCCAGUUCAUAUGGACCCUCAGGAUCAUCAGCUAACUAUCCAGGACAAUCAGGUUCUGUUGGACCAACUGCUAAUUAUCCCGGACAGUCUGGGCUUAAAAAUCCUUUACAAAAUAAUUCUGUGUAUAAAGGUCAACGUCCUACCAGCUAUCCAGGCUCUCAAUCAUCUGGCGUUGGUUCAAGUAAUGAUAGACCAAGUUCACAAGGAUCAUAUGGUAGUUCAGAAACAGGAUCAUCUUAUGGACCUCCUAGUUCGUUACCCACAUCUUCGACGUUACCCGGAACAUCCCUAUCGGAUGCUCAAUUUGUAAAUAAUUUCAAUAACCCUCCAGUACCAGAUAGAGAAUAUUUACCACCAUAUAGAAAGUAAUGUUUUAAGCUCAAAAUUGCCAUAAGUUGAAUAAUCAACUUCAUUGAUUAGAAUAAUUUAGAUUUAUUUAUUUGUAUUUUUCUAAAAUUUAACAUAGUACUAUUCUAGUUACCCCAAGUCAUUUAUUUUGUAAAAAUUACCAGUGUUAUUGAAAGUAAUUUUUAUAAAUAUGUACUUUCAAGUAUAUCAUUUAUAAAAUAAUUGUAUAUAAAACUUAUUCUUACAUUGUACCUAACAUAUUGUGUAAUAAAU